AUGUCUUCAUCAUCUGGUGAUAGAAAAGAAUCCUUUGAGGAGUUCUAUACAGAGGUAAAAGAAAUCGAAAAAAGGGACUCCGUUCUAACACCAAAACAACAGAUUGAAAGAUUGCUUCGACCUGGAUCAACAUAUUUUAAUUUAAAUCCAUUUGAAGUAUUACAAGUUGAACCUGAUUCCACUCUUGAUGAAAUUAAGAAGAAGUAUAGGCGAUUAUCUAUUCUUGUACAUCCAGACAAAAAUAUGGAUGAUGCGGAACGAGCACAACAAGCUUUUGAGAUAGUUAACCGUGCUUGGAAAACUUUGGAGAAUGAGGAGACGCGUAAAAAAAGUUUGGAUAUUUACCAGGAGGCCAAAGAGAGAACAGAACAUAUGAUUGAGCAGAAGCGCAAGAAGCAAAGAAAAGAAGGUCGCAAUGAUGAACCUAUACCUGAAGAUGAUCCUGACAAAUUUAAACAUGCCGUCUAUGUUAUGACUAUGAAGCUAUUUGCUGACAUGGAACGAAAACGGCAGCACCUCGAGACGAGGGAUAUGGAAGAGAGAAAGAGAAAACGAGAGACGGAAAUUGAACAAGAAGAGCAGAUGUCAUUUGAAAAGGAAUGGGCUAAGAAUUUUGAGGAAUCACGUCAAAAUCGAGUCGACAGUUGGAAGACAUUUCAAUCGACCAGCGGAAAGGAGAAGAAGAAGAAGAAAAUUAUGGGCUUCAAACCACCAAAACCCAAACCCGAGAGUAGAUAA